AUGUCAAUGCCGCCGGCCUUUACGCCCCCGGGCCAUAGCUAUCCUCAUCAUCCUCAUCCUCCUCCGCCUCAGUCCCAAUCUCAACCUCUCCCAAAUCCUCAUAGCACGGCCGGUCCAACUUCUACAGAGUCACUCCCUGUACAUCAACAUCACAAUCUGCCAAUCGCCCAGCCAUACGCGUCGCCCUUUGAGAACCAGACGCAAUCACAAUCACAAUCGCAGGCGCAAUCGCAAUCACAGUCUCAGUCACAAGCACAGACACAGGCACUACUGACGCAGCUGCAGCUACAGCCGCAACAACAACAGCAGCAGCUUCAGCAACCACAGCAUCAUAGUCCUUACGGCAAUGGACCGCCGGUGGGGUCACCCAGCGACAUCCCGCAAGGGCAAACGGGAUCAUCUACAGCUGCUGGCGGCGGUGAGGGCCACAAGGGAAACCGUUUGAGGAAAGCUUGUGAUUCUUGUAGUACACGCAAGGUCAAGUGCGAUGAGUCUGGACCUCCCUGCCGGGCUUGUGCAGCCCUGGAAAUUCCAUGUACACGCGACAGACCCAGUCGGCGACGAGGUCCACCAAAUCGACAUGCAGAAGCUAUCAAAAAGCGUAGACUCGAAUCGCCUUCUGGCGCCGGCGGCACCCAGCCAGGCGCAGGCAGUUUCUCCUCUCCCUCAUCGCCCAAUAAUGUCGCUGCGACGCUGGCAUCCUUCUCCUCUCAUGCCGUCUUAAACGCGGAAUCCAUAUGCCCGUUCUCCACCCUCGAGCUUCUUGUCGACGACUUCUUCACAUACAUACACCCUCUAUGCCCAUUCCCGCAUGAACCAUCGUUCCGCAUUGCAUUUAAGCAGCGUGAGGAUCUUAACAACCCCUCAUUUCUUGCGUUGCUUGCGUCGAUGGUUGGUACUUUGGUAGCAUCCUUCCCACGCAAGCCCAGAUUACAUUUGAAAGCCCAGAGCCGUGAACACCUGUUCCCGAAUUCGAUCAACCUGGUAGAAAGAUGCCAUAAGGUCGCUGUGGAGGCUCGGGGGCCAGGCUACCUGGAUAGAGAGCUCACAGUGUAUGAUGCAGCAACGAGCUACUUUCUGGGCCUGUCGGCAGCCUACACAUUCCAGUGGCGGCAAUGUCGUUUGUAUUUUGGAGAGACUUUGACCAUUGCAAGGGUUCUCGGUGCCCAUAAAGUUAAAGACCCCGGUCUUCUUGCGAUUGGAAGCUUACCUACCGCGUUCGGGGCGGAUGGUGGGGGUUUUGAUGGCCAGCCACAACCAGUGGAUUACAUCAGACAAGAGAUUGGCAGGAGAAUCUUCUGGAUCAUGUUUGUGGGCGUCAGAUCUAUGCAGCAACUCGGUGCUAGCUUUGGCGAGCUGCUCAUACCUCCUUCAACUCCCAACGAGCCGUAUCCACCUUUCCCAAUGGAAGUUGAUGACGAAUACAUCUUCCUUGACCAUGUUGAGCCGCAGCCCCCUGGAAUUAUAUCGAAUCUCACCGGCUUCAACCUUGGUAUUCGAAUCUACCUGACUGUCAAUCCACUCGCGACUAUAGAGAUGGCUUAUGGAAUUGACGAGAUUUUUGACUGGACAAGGCAAAAGAGAGCACUUGAGGAGUGCCUAAAAUCCGUAAAGCAAGUUUUAGAUGUAAUUCCACAAGAAUUACUUCUCCGGCCUGGGUCUAAUCCUGGCGAAUUCGAAGCUUCUGCUCGCCGCUACUUCCCUCCUGUUCCUGAUAUUGCAGGAGUCAGAUCCAACGGAGCUGAUACGCCUAGCUGGCCACAGACCGCUACUGAUGCGCGGAGGAAUCUGCAGUAUGAAAUCCAGAAGGCCAAUAUUUACGCCAGUCAACUUAGUACCCGGUCAUAUAUUGUGGAGAAGUACUGGAAUCUCCAUGAAUCGUAUCAGCGGAUGAAGUGGACUACUGGCGAGUCUGCGGCACCUAAGUCGCCUGGUUUGAUGCCACCUGGCUUGGAAGGGAUUCUCCCGAAGGAAUCCGACGCAGAUACUAUCGAUGCGAUUGAGGCUAAUGUAGCAGCAGAGAGGGAGAGUAUUGUCAAAGAUCUGCUACAGGUGCUUGGGAGCAUCAGCCAGGUUAACAUGGAACCCAAUGGAGGUAGUUUUAUAAAUAAAAUCCGACAAAUAGCGUCUACUUUGAUCAGUACCCCGCAAAACCGCAAGGGUCCUUUUGCACUAAAGGCCGAAGAUUAUUUGGCCAAGUUUCUAGAUGUGUUAAUGAGGCUGGAACGGAUCAGCCCGGCACUUAAGAAUGAAUCAGCGGCGGAGGUUGAUGAGGAAGAGGAGCUGCGAAGUUGGGCAGAUCUAAGGGAUUACCAGAUGCGUUUUGCACAGGCUGGAGGUUUUAUCAACGAGAUUGGCUGA